GCCAGUUCACGAUGCCGCAUAUCUUCAGCCACAUUGUCAUCAUCCCAACACGAUGCCUACCAUACAUUCACUCACACCCCCAACACCUUUUUAAACAAAUCCUCCCCAUUCCCCCACCGACCUCAUCCACACAACCCACCAUGAUCCCGCUAACCCCCCAACCCCACACAGCAACCUACCUCUCGCGCAUAAGCCUCUUCAUCCUACGCGCCCCCCACAGCACACUAACCGCCGCCUUCGACCCCCACUCCAACUGCCCCAUCUCCUCAUUAACCAUCACCCAACCCUCCCCCAGCCCCGCCACAAACCAAACCUGCCAAACCCUCCUCCGCAUCCUGCACGAUCCCAACGCUCGUGCAAGCCCCGCAACAAUCCCAUACGCACUCUGUCUCCUCCUCCGUUUCCGCGACGCAUCCGAUGCACUCCCCAUCCCCUUCGCCCCGCCCCAUUUGCUGAUUACAAUCGCCGUGUAUAUUAGUUUCAAGAUCUUGAGGGACGGGGGAGACGCGCCGGGGCGUCCGAAUCAGUAUUCAGACAAAGUGUUGAUGUGUUUUGGGGUUGAUGCGUUGCGGCAUUGGUGUUGGCAUGUUGGGGUGAAGAAGCGGGAGCUGGAGGAUCUAGAGAGGAAUUUCUUGGAGGUGUUGCAGUUUAGGGUUUGGGUAAGGAACGAAGAGUAUGCGAGGUUGGAGGCGAGGAUGAGGGGGUUGUGGGAGGAGGUUUUGCGGUUUGGGGGGAAGUCGACGUUGCCUGUAGGGUGGAAGGGGAUGGGGAGACAGAUUUGAGGGGAGUGAGUGAGUAUGCCUUGGAUUGUGGGUGUGUUUUGUUCCCAGGUGUAGAGUCAUCAGAGUGGUAUAGUAGCCCCCGGCACGGUGAAGGAUCAAGCAGGUUUCGCCUGACUAAUAAAGUAUCAGACAGAUCAGAAUUGCUGAGAAUAUGUUGUAGUAUCUCUUCUUUGCUCUUGUCGGCCAUCCAUUUUACGCGUAUUAUUCCGUCCUCGUCAAGUCGUCGAAGACACAGGGUGACCAUGUAAGAGGUAAAUCUGUACCUUGUCGAGUAUCAACAGUGGUAUG